UGCACACCACUCUCAAUGUCUGCUUGUCGCCAUGAAGUAUUAUGUACCGUUUUCGUAUGUUUGUUGUAUACAGUGGCGCCAACCGGCCAAAGUCCAAAGUUAGUGGUUCAGUUCCAGUCGCCUGUCCAACCGGUUGUGAAACCGUACAUCGGGCCAGGCGCCGUUGUACAGCCAGUGACGCGGCCGCCGCUGGCCGGCCCGUACGCGUUCUCUCGCAUACCGGCACCAGUGUGGAACAAGCCGCGCGUCUUCCUAACACAUGCCCUUCAGGACACUUGGCUAUUCACUAACCUAUCCACAUGGCAAGACGGACGAGCUUCCAUGAAAUCCACGGUGCCAGAUACGAUCACUUCGUGGGUGAUCACUGCAUUCUCAGUCGAUUCACUCUAUGGACUCGGUCUUCUCGACUCACCCAAAAAGCUAAAAGUAUUCAGACCAUUUUUCAUUUCUGUCGAUUUACCAUACUCAGUGAGAAGAGGCGAGUAUGUUUCCAUACCAGUGGUGGUGUUUAAUUAUCUGAGCAAAGACGUUACAGCUGACGUGACUUUAGAAAAUAUCGGUCAGUUUGACUUCGCAGACACCUCCAAUGAUGUCCGAGAUUCAAAAUUGGAAUUGUAUAAACGGAAAUCAUUAACUAUCAAAUCGAAUAGUGGAAGUCCAACAUCGUUCCUAAUACAAACCAAAGAUCUAGGUUACAUCAGCAUUAAGUUGACAGCUACCAGUAAAUUGGCUGGCGAUGCUAUAGAAAAGAAGCUAUUGGUCAAGCCGGAAGGAGAAACCAUUUAUAAAAACAAAGCGAUCUUUGUCGAUCUCAGGAAAGAAUCAUUGUUUGAAAAGAACAUAACUUUAGAAAUUCCUAGCAACAUUGUUCCAGACUCUGAAUUCAUCGAAAUCGGAGCAGUUGGUGAUAUUUUGGGGCCAAGCACAAUGAACUUGGCGUCUUUGAUUCAAAUGCCUUUUGGAUGUGGUGAACAAAACAUGUUGAAUUUCGUACCCAAUAUCGUAAUUUUGGAUUACUUGAAAAAUACAAAACAAUUGACGACUGCUGUCGAAACAAAAUCGUUGAAAUACAUGGAAACUGGGUACCAGCAAGAGUUAACGUACCGCAGAUCAGAUGGUUCUUUUAGUGCUUUCGGAUCGGCAGAUGCUAGUGGUAGUACGUGGUUGACCGCUUACGUUGUCAAGUCAUUCAGACAGGCAAUGCCAUACAUACCAAUUGAAGAAAAAAUCAUAAUCGAAGGCCUACAGUGGUUGUCUAACAAUCAGGCAAACAAUGGUAGUUUCCCGGAAGUGGGCUAUGUCAGUCACAGUGACAUACAAGGAGGAUCCUCAAAAGGACUGGCGCUCACCGCCUAUACACUUAUAGCAUUUUUGGAAAACCAAAAGGCCACUCCUGUUUACCGCAAUACAAUUAAUAGAGCCGUAGAAUAUCUGGUGAGAAACUUACCGGGAGUAGAAGAUCCGUACGCGAUCGCCAUCUGCUCGUACGCAUUGCACUUGGCCGAUCAUCCGGAGAAAAACGUAGCUUUUAACCUACUCGAAUUGAAAGCUAAUACUGUUGAUGGAAAAAAAUGGUGGAAACGGAUGGAUCGUGCUAACGAUAAAAAAAAUCCAUGGGUCCACGAGCCUAAUUCGGUUGACGUAGAAAUGACCGCGUACGCCUUGUUAACCUAUUUGCAAAGAGAACUUGUAGAAGACGGUUUGCCUAUACUACACUGGUUGGUGUCUCAACAGAACGAUCAAGGAGGGUUCGCUUCUAGCCAGGACACAGUGAUAACGUUGUACGCGCUUUCUCAAAUGGCCGAGCGAAUUACUCCGGGUACUUUAAAGUUAUCUGCCACAUUUUCUUACAUGAAAAAUGGACAAUCUGAACUAAAAGUAACCAAAGAUAACGCCAUGGUGUUGCAGUUGAUCGAACUCCCAAAGCGUACACGCAUCUUGAACGUGACAGCCACCGGUACUGGAUUAGCCAUCAUCAAAGUGUCUUACAGAUACAAUGUAAACGUAACCGGCGCUUGGCCACUGUUUUCGCUAGAUCCGCAAGUGGAUAAGAACUCGAACGCCAAUCACCUUCAGCUUUCCGUCUGUUCCGGGUACAUGUUUUUUUUUUUUUUUAAUUAUACUAUGAAUGUAUGUGGCUGGCUUAUGACUGUACCAUUGAACUGAAUAUAUGGAACGCGC